ACCCAAGCACUAAUAACACUUAAAAUUCCCAAUACAAAAAGCCUAACCGAAAUGUGCCAGUUCUUACUUGUGACCUGGCACACAUACGCAAAACCACCCUUACACGUACACUAACACUUAACUGACUCACCGUAACCCUUAUUGUCUUCAAAAUAAGGUUUAAAAAUAGUAAAUCUCGUGUAAAAUACACCCACACAGCGACAGAUCCCGCCGGGGUUCACCAUCAGUGUCGGUUGAGACUCCGUCGCGCCCGGACGUGUCGAACGAAUAUUCGCGAACGAAUUCGUAGUGAAUGCAAUGUGGUGUGCUGUGUUGUGAAUUUUAAAGAUUUAGUGCUCGAUCUGUGUGGAUUUAUGGAUACUGAGCGAAUUGUGACGAUGUGCUAGUGCAGUGCUAUGUGCGCGUGAAGUUAAACAAGAUGGCCGCCGUGUUGCUCGUGUUCUUGCUGGGCUGCGUCGGCGCUUUGGCUGAAAAAGAGACUACAGCAGCGCUAGUAGGCGAGACUGCGCGUAUAAAAUGCCGGAUUGACAGCGCCUCCUGCGGAGAGAUGCAUAGCGUGAAAUGGUACAAGGAUGAUGUCAGGAUAUACGUGUUCUCGGCGUCUAAGGGCGCUGCCAUCAACAGACCAGAGGGCGAUAUGAUGACCAGAAUGUCAAUCAGCCACGUCCCCAACUCCACCUUCGCCGAGCUGGUCAUCAACAGCGUCCAGGCCUCAGACGAGGGGCUGUACCGCUGCGAGAUCACGUACCUUCAAGUGGGAGACGACUGCAAUACCGUGCAGCUGUCUCACUUCAACACAUACAUAAAACCAAAAACAGUAGAGCUACUGGCCAUCGACGGUACCAACUCCACCACCAUACAAGACGGGACCACCUUGGGGCCACUCGUCAUCUACAAGCAGAUCACCAUAGCAUGUCUGGUGAAGGAGGGGAAACCCCAGCCUAAAGUGACGUGGUACUUUAAUGGGAAGGAGAGGACGGAUGCCGAACGCGCAACUCCUGAUAACACGACCGUCCAGCAGAGCCUCGCUCUGACGAUAUCCCGAGAAGAGCUUGGUGGGGAACUCAAAUGCUCCGUCUCAUCUGAUGCUUUGGACGAACCGAUCGUGAAACGAGUCAAGCUUGAUGUUCGAGUCCCCCCAUCGAAAGUGGAGAUAAUCGGCGUCGGGGACCACGUGACUCAGGGCACCACCCUCACCAUGACCUGUGUGGUCAAGGGGGCUAACCCACCGGCCGUCGUGCAAUGGUACAAUGGAACCACGCUGCUAGACUCUAGGCAGCAGGACGUUAAGAAUGAGACGGUGCGAGCGAGCGACUCAACAUACGAGACGAUGGCGAACCUCACGUUCACGGUGACGCGUUUCGAAAACGGACGGAAGUUCACGUGCAAAAGCGAAAACGAGGUUAACAAGAUUAUCAGCGAGGAGCCGCUCGUCAGGACUAAGGAGAUGGAGGUUUGGUAUCGUCCAAUAGUCCACGUGAACCCACCCAACUUCACCGUUCUGCAGGAUUCCAAGAUCCUCCUCAAGUGCGAGUAUGAGAGCAACCCGUCACACCUUAUAGAUGUUGCAUGGUACAAAGAUGAUGAAAAGAUCGACGUCGACUCCCCGCACUACCAGGGCGGCAACGUCAACCAACCAGCGCUCAUCAUCCAUGACGUCUCUGGUAGUGACAGUGGCAACUAUACCUGUCAGCUUACAAAUGACGUCGGAAACAGCACUAGUGACAACGCUAUUGACGUUAAUGUUUUGUACAAACCCACAGUCCGUCUAGUAAUGUCGGACCCCAGCCCCAUCAACGAGACGGACCACAAGAACGUGACGCUGAUCUGCGAGGCCAUCGACGGGAACCCGAGGACCCUGGAUGAGGUCACCUGGUAUCUGGAUAAUGAGGUGCUGAAGAAGCUUCCAGAAUGCAAUGGAACUGAUCCGGCCCUGUGUGAUGAAGUGGAUCCCUCAAUGCUGCUUCUCCAGGAUACGACUAGAAGCUUCCAUGGGAAUUACUCCUGUCAGGGCAAAAAUGCCGCGGGGGAAGGAGAACGAAGCACGCAGACUGAGUUGGUUGUCAACUAUCCCCCUGGACCGGCGAAGUUGGUCUACUCCCCGUGGCGAGUGGUCAAACAGAAAUCCCUCAUUUUGACGUGCAGCAUUGAAGAGAAAGGCAGACCGGAGGCUCAGAGAUUUCGAUGGCAUCGCGGCGGCCGCCUCGUUCCGGACAUAGUGUCCGCCAACUGGACCAUCGACCCCAUCAGCCUCGACCACAGGACCAACUUCUCAUGUCGGGGCUUCAACGCUGGGGGCGAGGGGCCGCCUGCCACUACCUUCAUUAAUGUGCUUGCUCCGCCAAGCUUCAAGUACGCUAUGAACUACUACAGCGGCGCUUUGUACAAAUCUCAAAACAUAUCCCUAAAGUGCACCGUGGAGUGCGCGCCCCGCUGCAGCGUGCAGUGGCUCAUGAUGAAAGACAACGAGGAAAUGCAGGUCAUUGACCCGAACAAGACGGACCGGUACUAUAUCGUGGAGAGAGAGAUCGGGCCCGAGGUCAACAGAAACGAUUUCGAAGCUACAGAAAGUACUUUGUACUGGAACAUGUCGGCUUGGGCUGGUGGCGUUCUGGACCGCACGGACCCUCGCAUCACCAAAUACAUGUGCCGCUCUUCGAGGAACGACGCCGGGCCUGCUGUCAACAGUACCACACAUUUUGCUGUGGAAUAUGAACCAGAAAACAUCACAGUGACCCCGGGAAUAGUUCCAGUGACCGAAGGAGAAAUACCAGGAAAAGUCGUCUGUUCGGCUAGAGGUUUUCCCGUCCCCUCCUACUCGUGGCGCCGAGGAAACGCCAGCAAGUCUUUAGCCAAGGACCACACCAACACCUCGCUCGUCCUCUCAUCUUCUAACACUCUUUUGCUGGGCCCGGUGCAGAGGAAAGACGCAGGCCACUAUCUUUGCGAGGCCCAUAACAGACAUGGCGCUGUUUCUACUGCAGUGUACUUGGAUGUAAUGUUUGUUCCGGAGUGCGGCAUCAAGCAAGCCGAAGUGGAUGGUGAACAAGUCCUGAUCUGCACAGCUCACGCCAACCCUAGCGAGGUAACCUUCUCCUGGAAACUCAAGAACGACAACGACUCUCUCUCCGACGAGAAGAUCUGGCAAAUCGGCCAGCAGAGCUACCUCCGCCUACGCCCUGGCGUAGAGGUCCACAGGACGUAUCUCUGUUUCGCUAACAACUCUGUGGGAAGAAGCAGGGAGUGCGAGCGAGAUGUUCAAGCCAACCUGGAAACUCUCACUUCGGCAGUUUGGUGGCGGGAUCGUCAGCAACUCAUCUUGAUCGGUUGCAUUGCCCUCGCUGUCUUAGUCAUCACCGUCAUCCUCUGCAUCAUCAUCAUCUGCAUAUGCAGGCGGAUGAGAGCGAAGUCCAAAUACAAUAAUCCAGUGGAAUUAGAGGAGAGAGAAAAGUUCCUAACAGCACUAACUCCAGAUGUUCUAAGACUGACUACAAUUAAUACCUCAGGCCCACCUAUGAAUGGCGUAGAUAAUGCACCAAACGGCAACCUUGGAGCGGACAGUCCCGGCCUGUACGAGAAUCUGCCGUUCCAUGGGCUCCAACAAGCACCUAAUAAGCCAUUCAAACCGGACGACAUGUUCAUUUACGCCGACGCCGACCUAAAAGACUACGGGCCGAUCAACUACAAGCAAGCGUCCAUCUACUCGCAGAUGAAGAAGGUGAAAGAGCAACAGCGGCUGCAGGAGAUACACGACAAGCAACAGGACGAUAUGUUGUGAUU